GAUCGAGUUGCGGCAGGCAGGCUAUGUGGAGGUAAACGGCGCCGACAGCAAUGGUAUCUUUGACAAGCUCUGCAAGUGGCUCGAACAAACUUGGAAAGCAAAGAGAGUCCAGGCAGACCCGGGAUAUUGCGCGCUCAAGUUUAGCUGUGAUGUUUUCAGCAAGCGUGGCCGUGAAGGCGAAAACAACAUGGGCAUGAGGACCAUGGAGAUGGUGGACUUUAUGGUGCAGCAGUGCGCCUGGACGAUGAUCACCUGUAAUGGUGGAAACUUUGGCAGGUAUGGAGACAUCCGCGAACAACAAAUGGUCUUCCGGGACGACGGGCAUGUGCAGCAUGGUGACGACCACAUCAUGGUCGAGCUUAGGGACAUCGGCUAUGUGGAAGUGAAUGGCCUCUCCAGCUCGCGCGACAUCGAGCCUUUCGUCUCACAGUUCUUGAUGGGAAGCUGGCAGUGUCAAGACUACAACCCGCACUUCUAUGAGCAGACAAAGUUCUGUGAUCGCAAGUUUGUCACACCGCAGAAUCUCUACUACAAGCAGGGCUUGACAAACAACAUCGGCAAGCUGACCAUCGAACUGUCUAUCGCCCUAGCUUCGCAAGGGUGGAUGCUGAUGCUUUGUAACGGCGGCCACAUCUCCAGCAUCAAGGACCCUGCCUACUGCAACUCCAUGGCGCCUCUUCCGAUGCGCAAAAAGAUGGUCGACUGUGAACUUAUUGGCGGCAUCAAGCGGGAGCAACAGAUCAAGUUCAGUCGGGCGCCGGACCGCGCUAUCGCAGCCGAGCCCCUUCUGAUGAUCGAGCUCCGAUCCGUGCCCAGACGUCCACCCGAGAGCAUCAACACUAUGAAUCUGGAAUAUAUAGACCCCUUCAAGGAGAACGAGACCAGGAAGAGGCAGACGGCCGUCGCACUGCGUGAUUGGAUUGUCUCGGCAGAUUACGAGGGCUUUGUUGAGGUGAAUGGUUUCAACACCAAUGGCGUAUAUCAGAAGCUACAAGAAUUCAUCGAGCGAUUCCUUAAGGGAAGAUUGCUCGGGCCGCAGCCCUACUGCGACUGCCUUUUCUCUUGCUCAGCGUUUCGUCAGAAGAUGUCUCCCCAUGGCGAGUACUGGGACGGCUUCUACUGUGGCGAGAACAACUUCGGAAAGUACACCAUGCGUUUGAUCGAUUUUUUGGUAGACCACCUUGGCGAAUGGGACCUUAUCGCCUGCAACGGCAAUGCAGCUGAGCGUGCGUGGAGCUGGAGUGGCCUUGUGUCCAUGGUGGCCCGUGAACAACAGCUUGUUUUCCGCCACCGUCCCAAAGCCGGACGGGUGUUCAUGGCCACCGGGCAGUACGCGCCCUUGGGCCACAAACCGAUGCAGGCCCCGGACUACUGGACUACUGAGUCCCGCGAGGGCACUGCUGCCUUUAAGGUCGUGCCAGUGACAGAGGAGGAGAAGGAGUGGCUGCAGCAGCUCCUGGAUGGCAGCUACGUGAAAAGGGUCACUCGGGAUCGCAGAGGCGGUCGACUGGCAGAGCGCUUCGAGCUUGUCGCUGCAGUUCGAUCCGAAAAUCCCCACUUGUGGGAUGCGUUCGCAAACCGACGGCACAAGGUUGGCCUCGCUCGUGAUGGCCUACAUGCAGAUCACAGAGGAGAGGACGUGGUCCCCAAGACGACCCUCGCUUGCCCUGCACUGGCGGCACGCUGUGUUGACGAGGAUGGGAAGAAUCCUUCGACCGAAGGUAUGUUUCUUCACGGAACGAAUCCGACAUCGGCCGUGGCGAUCCUGAAGAACAACUUCAAGAUUGAUUUAGCUGGUGCCAGUGCAGGAACGAUGUUUGGGCCAGGAGCAUAUCUCGCCGAAGCAUCGACCAAAGCGGACGAGUACGCGCAAGAUGACAAGGCCGGCAGCUACAAAGGCCUCUAUGCCAUGGUCGCCUGCCGGGCAGUGAUGGGAAGACCCUUCGUUGAAAAGAACCCCGGCAACUACUCAAAGAAGGUGACCUCGGGCGCAUUUGAUGUUGUUCUUGGUGAUCGCGAGGCGGCAGUCGGGACUUUCCGGGAGUUCAUCUUCUUUCACGAGGAGUCGAUAUAUCCGGAGUACGCGUUGUUUUACCGGAGAGUCCACGGCGAAGAGGUAUCCGAGACGGUGCUUGAAGAAGUGGGCUGUGAGCCCAAAGACGUGGAGCCCGGCAUACCCGAAGCAAUUCCGGGCUGCCACGGCCAGCUCCAAUGCCUCGUUCCGGCGGAUGCGAUACCGGGUGGCACACUCAAGGUACGUACGCCGGGUAGUGAUCAAGUCAUCGAGAUAGCCCUCCCUGAGGCGGUGAGGCCAGGGAGUAUUCUCGCCUUCCGCGUGAGACCUUGA